CCACCAGCUCCAGUCUCCGCACUUGGCCGUCACAGAAUCCUCUCGCCAACUGCCGGCGUGAAAGUCUCGCCACUAUGCCUCGGAGCCAUGAACUUCGGCGACAACUGGAAGAGUUUCUUGGGCGAGUGCUCUAAGGAAACAUCGUUCGAGAUGCUUGACUACUUCUAUUCCCAAGGCGGCAAUUUCAUCGACACGGCCGUAAACUAUCAGAACGGACAAAGCGAGCAGUGGCUUGGAGAAUGGAUGGAAGCGAGGGGAAACAGGGACGAGAUGGUCAUCGCCACCAAAUUCACGGGUGCACAGAGAGGCCACGAAGAGGGAAUUAUACAGAGUAACUUUGGAGGAAACAGCUCAAAGAACAUACAUACGAGUAUCGAGAGGAGUCUCAGGGAAUUGAAGACUUCUUACAUUGACUUGUAUUACGUUCAUCUCUGGGACUCCACAACGUCCAUCCCCGAGAUCAUGCACACCUUGAAUGACCUAGUCGUCGCCCGCAAGGUGAUCUACCUCGGCAUCAGCGACGCCCCAGCUUGGGUUGUAACCAAGAUGAAUUGCUACGCUCGCGAGCACGGACUUCGCCAGUUCUCUGUCUACCAAGGUCGGUGGUCCGCCGCGGAACGUGACUUCGAGCGUGAAAUCAUUCCCAUGGCUCUCUCGGAAGGCAUGGCACUCGCACCGUGGGGUGCCCUCGGUGGUGGCUACUUCAAGCCCAAGGAGCUCUGGGGCAAAGAGGGAAGAAAUCUCGAAAGCGUCCUGACUGGAAAAGAAGAGCAAGUUAGCUUGGUACUGGAGGAGAUCGCGAAAAAGAAGGACACAAUCAUCACUUCCGUUGCUUUGGCAUAUGUCAUGCACAAAUCGCCCUACGUGUUCCCCAUCGUAGGUGGUCGAAAGAUUGAUCAUCUGAAGGGAAACAUCCAGGCGCUUCAGCUCAAGCUCACGGAUGAGGAUAUCGAGAAGAUCGAUGGUGCAUAUGGUUUCUCGCUUGGCUUCCCGUAUACUUUCUUCAAUCCCAAGAAUCAGAUUGUGCUUGGGCCGGAAGAUAAUAUGUUUAAC